CACAUCAUGCCAGACCCAGCAAAGCCUGCCCCAAAGAAGGGCUCUAAGAAAGCCGUGACAAAGACGGCAGGAAAAGGAGGCAAGAAACGCAGAAAGUCCAGGAAGGAGAGCUAUGCAAUUUACGUGUACAAAGUCCUGAAACAGGUCCACCCUGAUACCGGUAUCUCUUCCAAGGCGAUGGGCAUUAUGAAUUCCUUCGUGAAUGACAUCUUUGAGCGCAUUGCUGGAGAGGCUUCCCGUUUGGCUCACUACAACAAGCGCUCCACCAUCUCUUCCAGGGAGAUCCAGACCGCAGUGCGUCUGCUUCUGCCCGGUGAGCUGGCCAAGCAUGCUGUUUCCGAGGGAACCAAGGCUGUGACCAAGUAUACCAGCUCCAAGUAGAUCCGAGUUCGAAAAGUUCUUAUCUCAAAGGCUCUUUUAAGAGCCACCCACAUUUUCUUUUGAAAAGUAAUACCAAUGUGAUCACGCCUUACUGUGUAAACGUUUGUACAACUUUGUCUAAGUUUUAUUUGAGGACCUAAUGUCUC